AAGAAGUUAAGACAAGUAACUGGUACUUCACUUCAGUGUCUGGGAGGAUCACCUGAGCUUGAUAACAUUCCAGUAAAAACAGUUUGAAUCCAUUGGACUUUUUUAAUAGCUCUCCUCCCUCUAACACUUUCAAGAUGGUUGGAUUGAAACCCUCGGAUGUGCCCCCUACUCCAGGUGUGAAGUUCCUCAGUGCUGGAACUGCUGCCUGUAUAGCAGAUCUCUUCACUUUCCCACUGGACACAGCUAAAGUCAGAUUACAGAUUCAAGGUGAGAAGGCAGCUGUUGAAGCCGCUAAGAACAUCCGAUACAGUGGAGUGUUUGGGACCAUUGCCACCAUGGUUAAAACAGAAGGUCCGAGGAGUCUCUAUAAUGGAUUAGUAGCUGGACUACAGAGGCAGAUGGCCUUUGCAUCAAUCCGCAUUGGCCUCUAUGACUCAGUCAAGCAGUUCUACUCCAAUGGGAAAGAAAGUGCUGGAGUUGGAAUCAGGAUCCUGGCAGGCUGCACCACUGGUGCAAUGGCAGUGUCUGUUGCCCAGCCCACAGACGUGGUGAAAGUCAGGUUUCAAGCUCAGUUGACCCUUAAAGGUGUUGAGAGGAGGUACAAGGGAACCAUGCAGGCCUACAAAGCCAUUUUCAGGCAAGAGGGGAUUCAAGGACUUUGGAAAGGCACUCUACCAAACAUCACCAGAAAUGCCAUUGUUAACGCCGCAGAGCUUGUAACUUAUGACAUCAUUAAGGAGACAAUCCUCAAGUACAAACUGUUGACAGAUAAUUUACCCUGCCACUUCUUUUCGGCUUUUGGAGCUGGGUUCUGCACCACAGUCGUUGCCUCUCCAGUCGAUGUUGUAAAGACCAGAUACAUGAACUCUCCCCUGGGGCAAUACAAGAGUGCUGUCAACUGUGCCUGGACCAUGUUUACUAAAGAAGGACCAACAGCUUUUUAUAAAGGAUUUGUUCCCUCAUUCUUAAGGCUGGGUUCAUGGAAUGUAGUGAUGUUUGUGUCCUUUGAACAACUGAAAAGGGCAAUGAUGAUGUCCAAGCAGUCUUUGGAGUGUACUGCAUAAACAUUCCCUCCUAUUGAGAGCAAUGCUCCCCGAUUCAGAACCUGGGGAUGAAAUUUUCUUAGUUGCAAUCAAUGUAGCCAAUGGAAUGAUAAAUCUGAGUCUUGAAAAAAAGACAUGAAAGAUAUUCAAAGAAUAUCCUGGAUUCCAGCACUCAGUGGAGACUGUACAUUCAAUAUUGCACAUUUGUCCACGUAAUCUUUCACAACUUGAAGUGAAAACAUACCAUUAUAGUGUCAGAGCAUACUUUUUGAUCGCCUGUCAGAUGGUAAUUACUCUUUUGUAAAUGAGGAAUGAAGGUUAUGCAUUUUAGUUAAUGCAUUUGCAGACUGAUCAUAACCCUGUAGUCCCUUAUUAGUCCUCUGCUUUCCGAGGAUGGGGGUUUUAAUCUCUCUUAGGCACAGGCAGUUUAUUGGGGAUCUCAAGUUGGCUCUUAACUGGUGCAACACAGAUUUCACUUUCUGUUCAGGAAACAAUAAAUAAAUAAAUAAAUAAAUAAA